ACGUAACCGUCCCAGGGGAAUUGUGGGAGUUGUAGUUUUCUCACCAGCUGCUGUAACCGCAAACCUUCUGAGCGAGCCCGUUCUCGGAACUACAGCACAGAGUGGCACGGAAGUGAAGUCAUUUCAGGUCGCAGUUCACGUUGUGUCAACACAUGUGCGUCCGCUGCAGCCAUGCGUUUUUAAGAAGGAAAACAUUCAUUUCUUGUAGUUUUGCGGUUAUUUAAAAACAUAAAAAUGCCAAAAGUCAUUUCGUCUUCAUCGAGCGAAGAUGAGGCGGACAGGCCUACACCGGAAACACCGACAAAGCAGAAAGAAACCGUGAAGAAGACCACCAAGUACCAGUGUCCUGCUGACUUUGUGUCGUUCUGCCAUGCGCCCUGCAGCAGCACUCUGACCGACAGUCUGAAGAGCAGCAACAAUGAGCUCUGGCUCAUUAAAGCUCCUGCCUCCUUCAGCCCAGAGUGUUUCAGUGGCAUCAAGGUGCCUCUCUCCGGCCUCCAGACCCUGAAGGUUCCUGCUGCAGGCGGAGUGAAAACAGCGAGUGGGCAGCAGAUCUACAGCAUCCUGGCCUCCACCCACGGCACCUCGGAGCUCCACCUGCUCACCAGCGAUAAGCAGUCAUCAGACAGCAUGAGGUUUGCUCCGGCUUUCUCCGGUUUGCUGAAUGUGUGCGAGAGUUACGGGGACAGCAGCACCAACCAGAGCCCUCAGGUGAUCCCUGCCGCCCCGCCUCCCUCCAUCCCACCGGGGCUCAAACAGAGAUUCCACCCGUUUGGCAGUAAAACCCCAACACUGACCGUAGAGGACGAGGCAGACGGAGUCACCUUCAGGCCUUCAACUCUAAAAAGACCCAUAGAAGAAAAAGAAGAAGAAGAAGAGGAGGAAGGGAGGAAAAAGAAGAAGAAGAAAAAGAAAGAAAAGCGGAUAAAGACAGAGCUGGAGGAGGAAGUGGUGAAAGUGAAAGAGGAACCUGCGGCAGAAGAUGAGGAAGAAGCGCCGUCCAUCCAGGAGGGCGAAUAUUCAGAGAAGAGGAAGAAGAAGAAGAAAAAGAAGGACAAGGAGCGAGAGGAGGUGGAGGAGGAAGAGGUGACAGUGAAAUGUGAACCAAUGGACACUUCAUAUGAUGAUGCAGAAGGUUCAGGGAAGAAGAAGAAGAAGAAGAAGGACAAACAGCGAGAGGAGGUGGAGGAGGAAGAGGUGACGGUCAAACGUGAACCAGCAGGCUUUUCGUACAACGACGCAGUGGCAGAAGGUUCGGGGAAGAAGAAGAAAAAGAAGAAAAGCAAAUCUGGCGACGACUAGUGUGAUGUCACUUUGGCUGUUUGAUGUUUGCUUCUAUUUUCUGUUUAUUCCUGACCUCAUGAGUCUGUGUGGGAGACGCUUUACAACUAAUUUACUCCAGCUCGUUGAUGGCUUGCAUAAUGCAAGACUUUGGCAGGACGUUGUGUUAAGAAAAAAAAAACGGAACACAUCAUGAAUCAAUUGAACAGUGAGAUGAAUUAUAAAGUGGAUUCAUUCCAGCAUCCUUUAGGCCAAUGUUCCUUUAAUUCUCAGCUCAGAAAGUGAUAGUUUUCCACAUAAAGAACGUUUCAGCCUAAGGCAUCAGCGGCUACAUGAGUAAUAAGAGCAUCCUGGGUUUCUGCGUGUUUCUGCAUGUUUCUGCCAGUGUCUGUCAAGUUGUGGUGCAUUUUUAUUGGAUUACACUCGACACCAUGUUUCUGUGUUUAUUUACACGACCAACGUCGAUGGUUUGGCAGCAGGUUCAGAAAACCAGAGUUGAUGUGAAAGACGGAAUAAUGAGCCGGUGUCACGAGAGAUUUGUCAUCUCUUGUUUUCUAAAUGGUCUGUACUGGAGAUGAUAUUUCUGUGCAUAAAAACAUGUUGCAGAAUAAACUCUGUAAAUGAUUAAAGGACGUGAAAUGAAAA